AUGGACCCGGAGUUGAGAGUGCGGAAGCGCAUUCCAAAGUCCUGUCGGCGCUGUCACCGUCGUAAGCAAAAAUGCGUCGGCUCUCCCGUCUGCACCAAUUGUGAAUCGGCACACCAGCCCUGCUCGCGAUCCGAGACCGCCCCAUCAUGGCACCACGGCAUGUCCAAGGGCGCGUUGGCGCAUCGGAUCGAGAGUUUGGAAGCCCAGCUGGCGGCAUCGAAGGUAAAUGCGCCCGACCUCGCCAGGGGGCACGAUCGAGCCACAGGAAACCCCGACACCGACACCGACGCGCGUUCGUCGCGCCCGGAUAGAAGCAGGCGCCAUGGGAGCGGCGUCGUGCGUUUCUUGACGCUGGGCACCGAGCCGAAUGAAGACGCGCCGUAUCUUGGGCCUUCAUCGGGCCUUGCGAUGGCGGAAAAUGUUAACCGCAUCGUACACAACACGGUCGGGAUCCAGCUGCUACCUAUCCAUGGCGGCAGCCUGCCAUCCGACUCGAGAUCCCGACGCAGUGAGAACGCAAGGGCGGCCCCGCCGGACGAUAUCAUCGGAGCUCAAAUCCUGGACGCUUAUUUCAAGAACAUGCAUGUUCGAUUGCCAUUUAUGGAUCGAAGCGCCAUAUUCGACUUACACGCCAAGCGUCAUCAACCCCCAGACGGGACGCCCGAGGCCCAGUUCGGUCGAUUCCAGCUGUUUAUGGUGUAUGCCAUCGGAGCGGAAAUUUGUCAAAUGACGGAGACUUACGACUCCAUCCCAUCCCGCGACUUUCUGGUCACGGCGCUGCAUUUUGAUGCGGCGCUGAGAGAAUCCAUCUCGGUGGCCAGUAUCGAGGCCAUGUUACUAAUGGUUUUGUACAACCUAAGGUCGACCUCCAACUCCAGCGUGUGGUACAUGAUUGGCCUAGCGAUGAGAACAUGUGUGGACUUUGGAUUCCACAGAGAAUCGCGGUAUAAAAGACUACGACCCCACGAGGCCGAACUACGGCGACGCCUCUUUUGGAGUGUCUAUAUUAUUGAGAGAUAUACAGCAUGGUCUUUGGGGAGGCCAUUCAGCAUCGCGGAAGAAGAAAUUGACGCAGAGCCACCCUCCAAUAUAGAUGACUCCUUGACUAACGACGAUCUUCUUGAACGAAUAAUAAACAACGAUCUAGCUGGCCAAGGAUCACAAACGCAACAUGGAAAACUUGGCAGAUUCAUCGCCUCCAUCCAGCUGCAGCGAAUCGUGUCCCAGAUUCAUACGCGCAUCUACCGGGUCGACAAACAUGUCUCGAGCUUACUCCACGAGGUUGCUCCCCUAUUGGCUGCAUUGCAGGGGUUCAAGGACUCUCUGUCGUCUCUCGACUUGCAUGAAGGGGACUUUGUGCACAUGCACUGGAAUAACUCGGUCCGAAUACUCCUUCAACCCUUCAUUGGCAUUUUAAACCCUCAAGACAAGCUUCUCAACACGUGUCUGUAUGCCUCCGGGCAAAUGUGUCAAUUUUUUAAGAAAUUACGCCAGCGAGAUUCGUCGGGCUACUCUUUUUUGCUGGUGAAUUCCAUUUUCAUGGCCGGGAUCACAAUGUGCUUCUGUCUAUUCCGUUCGCCUAGUCUGUGGACCCCUGCAGUCUCCAACGAUCUCCGUGCUUGUUACUCGGCACUGUUCGUCAUGGCAGAGCGGAAUACACGGUUGAAACCUUACCGAGAUGGGCUAGACUCUAUCAUCAACCGUGCCAUGGAUUUCGUGCAAGAGGCAUCCGAAGCGCCAGCAUCGCUUCAGAAUAAUGUCUCUAGUCUCGGCGUAUCCAGUUAUACCCAGUCAGCACCGAGGGCAUAUCCACCAGAUGCUAUUCCACACGUUGAGCCGCCAAUGCCAGUCACACAGAGCACUGCCACUCAGGGGUCAGGUGCAGAAUUGUUCGGAUUCCAAGAUUCCAAUAUCUUUCAGGAUCUUCAGGAUCUUUCAACCAGUCUCCAAGAUGGGUUGUCAAGGGAUAAUCCUGCUUUGACACAACCCUUCCAGAGCAUUUUCACCGAGGACUUUUGGGCUGUAGAUGCCUUCAACUUACCUAUGCUUGAUGAGUUUGGAUGGAGAUCAUGA